GAUUAGCUUCUCUCAGAAGAGAAAAGGUACUUGGACCUCUGCUUAUUUCUUCUUUAGAAUAAUUUGGAUGGGAUCUGUGAUGCAGAAAAGCUUCAGGAAAAAAGGAUAUCCAUUCUCUGUGGUGGAAAAAUUUUGAAAAAAAAAAAAUUGCUUCCUUCAAACAAGGGUGCCAUUGUGAUAUUUACGGGGAUUGUUGUCCUCACUAUGAAGGCAUCUGUUAUUGAAAUGUUCCUUGUUUUGCUGGUGACUGGAAUACACUCACAUAAGGAAAUGACAAAGAAGGUUAAAAGGCCCAAAUUCACUGUGCCUCAGAUCAACUGCGAUGUGAGAGCUGGAAAGAUAACCAAUCCCGAGUUCACUGUGAAGUGUCCAGCAGGAUGCCAGGACCCCAGGUACCAUGUUUAUGGCACUGACAUCUACGCGUCCUACUCCAGCGUAUGUGGUGCUGCGGUUCACAGUGGUGUGCUCGAUAAUUCAGGAGGGACAAUACUUGUUCGGAAAGUUGUGGGACAGUCUGGCUAUAAAGGGAGUUACUCCAAUGGUGUCCAGUCAUUAUCCCUUCCACGAUGGAGAGAAUCCUUUGUCAUCUCAGAAGGUAAACCCCAAAAGGGUGUAACCUACCCAUCGGCUCUCACAUAUUCAUCAUCUAAAAGCCCAGCUGCCAAAGCAGGUGAAACCACAAAAGCCUAUCAGAGCCCAUCAGUUCCAAGAACAACCACACAGCCAGUCACCCUGAUGCAGGUACCGGGGACCACCACAGUUGAAGCCACCCACACCACCUUGCCAAAGCCAUCCCCGUCUGCAGGCUCUACCACCGGCAGCCUCAGACCACAGCCCGUGGGCCAGAGAAGCCAGGAGCUGGGGGAACCUGACUUGUGGAAAGCUGGAUCGGUGCUUCUAGAUGCAGGAUUUGUUCCAAAAGAAGAAUUAAGCACACAGUCUUCGGAGCCAGUAUCCCAGGGAGAUCCGAGCUGCAAAGUUGACUUGUCGUUUUUAAUUGAUGGGAGCUCGAGCAUUGGCAAACGGCGAUUCCGAAUCCAGAAGCAGUUCCUGGCCGACAUCGCCCAAGCUCUUGACGUUGGCCCUGCCGGUCCACUGAUGGGUGUUGUUCAGUACGGAGACAACCCUGCUACCCAGUUUAAUCUCAAGACUCACAUGAAUUCCCGGGAUCUGAAGACAGCCAUAGAGAAAAUCACCCAGAGAGGCGGGCUAUCUAAUGUAGGCCGGGCCAUCUCCUUUGUGACCAAGAACUUCUUUUCCAAAUCGAAUGGAAACAGAGGUGGUGCUCCCAACGUGGCUGUGGUAAUGGUGGAUGGCUGGCCCACGGACAAGGUGGAGGAGGCAUCGAGGCUUGCAAGGGAGUCAGGAAUCAACAUUUUCUUCAUCACCAUUGAAGGUGCCUCUGAAAACGAGAAGCAGUACGUGCUAGAGCCCAACUUUGCAAACAAGGCUGUGUGCAGAACCAACGGCUUCUACUCGCUCAACGUGCAGAACUGGUUCAGCCUCCACAAGACCGUGCAGCCCCUGGUGAAGCGGGUCUGUGACACCGACCGACUGGCCUGCAGCAAGACCUGCUUCAACUCGGCCGACAUUGGCUUUGUCAUCGACGGCUCCAGCAGCGUGGGCACGGGCAACUUCCGCACGGUCCUCCAGUUCGUGGCCAACCUCAGCAAAGCGUUUGAGAUUUCCGACACGGACACGCGGAUCGGGGCCGUGCAGUACACCUACGAGCAGCGGCUGGAGUUUGGGUUUGACGCGUACAGCACCAAGCCCAGCGUGCUCAACGCCCUCAAGAGGGUGGGGUACUGGAGUGGCGGGACCAGCACGGGAGCUGCCAUCAGCUAUGCCCUGGAGCAGCUCUUCGAGAAGUCCAAGCCCAACAAGAGGAAGCUCAUGAUCCUCAUCACCGACGGCAGGUCCUAUGACGACAUCCGGAUACCAGCCACGGUCGCCCAUCACAAGGGAGUGAUCACCUAUGCUAUAGGCGUGGCUUGGGCUGCCCAGGACGAGCUGGAAGUCAUCGCCACUCACCCUGCCAGGGACCACGCCUUCUUUGUGGAUGAAUUUGACAACCUCUACAAAGCUGUCCCCAAGGUCAUCCAGAACAUUUGUACAGAGUUCAACUCACAGCCUCGGAACUGAAUUCAGAGCAGGCAAAGCACCAGCAAAUGCUGCUUUGCUGACCAGCUCUGGGACAACCCCCAACGCUUUAUGGCACACACGUGGGGCAGCAAGGCACGUAGGGCUUGGAAACCAUGUGUUGUUAUUUUUCUUUGCCAGUGUGGUUUUUCAUACUUCGAAACUUGGAAUUAGAAAGAUGAUCAUAAAUUUGUACAAUGAGCCAAAAUAAUACAUCGUUUUGGGAGUGCUGGGGAUUUUACAUUUUGAGAAUUGUUUUCAAAAUAAAUAUAGAGAGUAGAAUGCAGCACUUACGAGAGGCUUAACUAGAGCUUUUGCAAGAUUUGUAACAUUUUUAUUUCCCAUUAGAAUUCUAUAACUCUCCACAAGUUUCAUUUUUUUGUCAUGACAAUAUAGGAGUUGCUUAAUUAAAUGUUUGAAAGGAUUUCAUGCAGUCGCUCUGACCGUGUCAUGGGUGGUGUUCGCAGGCUUUGUGGCAGGGCCACCCUCUCUGAGCACCUGUCAUGCACUCUCUCCUGGCCCAAGGUGACAGUGCACCCACAGGGGUGCAGAGACAAUGUGGCAGCGGCAUGGCUGCUCCUGCUUUUCCUCCCUCUUCUCCAUUAUUGGAAUCACUGCGGUACAUGGAGCAGUUGGGGAUGGGUCCUGGAGGACCACACUGACCUGGCUUUAAAAGCAGUGCCAUCGCUAUUUACAGUAGCCAGGACAUGGAAGCAACCUAAAUGCCCAUCAACAGAUGAAUGGAUAAAGAAGAUGUGGCACGUAUAUACAAUGGAAUAUUACUCAGCCAUAAAAAGGAAUGAAAUUGCAUUAUUUGUAGUGAGGUGGAUGGACCUAGAGACUGUCAUACAGAGCAAAGUAAGCCGGCAAGAGAAAAACAAAUACCAUAUGCUAACUCAUACAUAUGGAAUCUAAGAAAAUGAUACUGAUGAACCCAGUGACAGGGCAAAAAUAAAGAUGCAGAUGUAGAGAAUGGACUUGAGGACACUGAGUGGAGGGUGAAGGGGAAUCUGGGAUGAAGUGAGAGAGUAGCAUUGACAUAGAUACAGUACCAAAUGUAAAAUAGAUAGCUAGUGGGAAGCUGCUGCAUGACACAGGGAGAUCAACUCGAUGAUGGGGGGUGAUGACUUAAAGGAUUGGGAUAGGGAGGGUGGGAAGGAAUCACAGGAGAGAGGGGUUACAGGGAUAUAUCUAUAAAUACAGCUGAUUCACUUUGUUGUACAGCAAAAAAUGGCACAACAGUGUAAAGCAAUUAAAUUCCAAUAAAGAGCUUUAAAAAAAUUUUAAAAUUAAAAUUAAAAAAUUUUUACAAAUAAAAAUAAAAGCAGUGCAUCGGGCUGGUGCAGCCACUCUCAGCCUGAGCUGCACAUUAGAAUCACUGAGAGAGUAAAAUUAGAAUUACUGAGAGAGUAAAAUGCUCGUUCCCAGGCCCCACCCCAAUCCCAGUGAAAGCUGAGUCUCUGGGAAGGGAGCCUGAGCACCAGCAGGUUUGAAGAGCUUUCUGGUGGUACCAUUGAUAUGCUGCCAGGAUUGAGAACUGCUGAGAUGCCUCGGAGGGGUCAGUGUGAGGGCUGUUUCCUGAGAGAGUCUCUGUUUAUGCUUGCUGUUCUGGGUCCCAUCUAGUUUAGCAUUUGUCUUGGAUAUUUCAUUUGUUACCUAGAUACUAUUAUUAAGA